CUGUUCACUUCCGGCUCGGAUCAAGCAGCCCUGCUACAAUCUCGCCGUGAAAUCUGUCUCGCGCACACAGACGCUCUCACAUCACAACAAGGAAACGAUGCUUCGGCUUUAAACGCUGUAAUCCAGCAGCGCGCGCGCACCUCGGCGGUACCGGUAGAUGGUUCACCCAGCGGAAAGUUCUGGAGAUUAUUUGGGCCAUGUUCGCUUCACUCUUCUGACUGAACAGGAGCGCAGUUUUAGUCCAAAAUGCCCGACUGCUGCGCCGCAGCCGACUGUAAGCAGAGCUCCGAGCAGCGCAACGUCUCUUUCUUCAGGUUUCCUCUGGACCCUGAGCGAUGUAAACAGUGGGUGGAGAACUGUCGCAGACCGGACCUGCAGAAUAAAACGCCUGAGUACUUACACAGAAACUUUAAACUGUGCUCGAGACACUUUGAGGUGUCUCUGAUACAGAAGGAAAGUGAACUUCGGACGGUUUUAAAGGACGGAGCCAUCCCGACCAUAUUUAACUUCACGACCAAGAAGGGCAAUCCGCAGAACAGCAGCAGGAAAAGAAAGACACAAGCUACUGCAGCUGAUCCUGUGGAAACAAAAAAGGCGAAAGAUGAGUCCCAGCCGAUGACAGUGGCUCAAAACGUGACGGAAGACUCGAGUGAAAACGCUGUACAACAGGAACCUACCCCACUCAGACCAGAGAAGGAGGAUCCUGCUACGUCCAAAGCCAAGGAAGUCCUGAAGAUCCACUUUAAGGAGACGUUAGCAUUUACAGCCUUCAGCGUUGUCAACGAUGUCGCUGCCUCUGCUACGAAGUCGAUGGGUGGCGGAGCCGUCGGGCCGCUCGCGGUCAACCCUGUCUGUGCGGAAAAGGUCGACCCGAAAGAUGUGCUGAGACUCGGAGAGGAUGUAAUGCGCGAGGAGAUCCGCAACACUUUGCGCAUGGCUCGAUUUUUCUCCAUUCUUCUCCAGGACAAGAUAAACAUUGAAGGCAAGGAUCAGAUCCCCGUGUUCAUCCGCUCUGUCAGCAGCGACGGGUUCCCCCAGAAGCACCUGCUGGGGUUCCUGCCCUGCGAUGUGGAUUCGGACAGCCUGUACCUCAUGCUUGUGUCUGAGAUCCGCAACAAGUGGGGACUCCGAAUGGAGCACUGUCGAGGGUUCACUUACCUGACGAAGGGCAGCUUGUGUCAGAAGCUGAAAGAGUUCUCCUCUCGGAUGCUCCGGGAUUUCCCGCAGGUUGUCCUGGCUCCCAGUGACCCUUAUGCUUUCAACAUGUGGCUGAUCCGCUCCUUGCCCGUACUUUCUGUCCAGGAUGUCGUCAACACUGUAGAGGAAGUGGCCACCGUCCUGAGGCAGUCUGAGAUGCUUAUGAAAAAACUCCUCACUAAGAUUACAGCGGCGUACAGUCACAUCAAAGGUGAGGUGGACCGUGUCAAGGAAUCUUGUCAGAACAAUUGGGAAUACGGCACGGAUGCCUUCCAGACGAUGCUGGACAUCCUGGAGCCUCUGCUGAACAGCAUCGGAGAGAUGUGCACCAGCGCGCUAUCGGAUGUCGAUGCGACUGUCGUGGAACAGCUGCUCAAGCUCAAGGAGAAGCUCAAGAACUUCAACUUCAUCAUCACCCUCGUGAUCCUGAAGAAUACUUUGUGCUGCGUGAGCAUCCUGAACCCGAGCCUGAGGGGGAUCAUCAGCAUCAGCAGCACCUUGCAAUACACUAUCUCCAAUGCCUUAAAGCUGCUGAACAAGCACCUGCAGGAAAUCCCGAUAUUCCACAGAAAGUGGUUCUCCGAUGCCGUGGGCAGGGCCAAAAAGCUGGGCGUGCAGGUCACUCUGCCGGCGGACACAGCUGCGAACGGCGACUCCGACGCCAAAACGCCGACCUCGCCGGAGGACUACUACAGGGAAACGCUAAGCAAAAUGGUCCUGCAGUACCUCAUCGACGAGGUGAAGAGAGUCCUCGGCAUCGAGAUGGUCCGAAUCCUGAGAUGGCUGUCUUUAGUGCCGUCAUACAUGGCUGACCACAAUUUCAGCAUCCGCAAAGACAAGGUCGCCGACGCAAACCUGAACAACCUGGCCCGCCCAGACUCUUUCUACGACGAGCUCGGCUGCUGGGAGGUCAAGUGGAGGCACGCGAGCAAGCGCAGGAUCCUGCCCACAGGCGUCUUUGCCACUUUAAAGAUCCCUGAUAUCGGAUUCUAUCCCAAUGUGCAGAGCCUGCUGAGAGUCCUGGGUUCGAUCCCUUGCAUCAAUGCCGACGCGGACGUGUACGUGCAGUACGACAUGGUGCUGGACAGGUAUCACUCCUACAUGAAGGUGACGCCAGCAGAGAAGAGGCUGUGCAGCAUGGCGUUCAUUUACGUCAAUCAGGACGUGCACUUCAACAUCGACGACAUGGUGCAGUCUUACGUGGAAAGCCAUCCGGAUAUUCUGCAGCUGCUUUCUAAGGACGAUGUAAUGGAAGUUCAGCCGUCAGCCACAGAAAAUAACACAAACAAUGCUUCAAAGGAGGACAUGGAGGAACCAAGAGAAAUCAUUUUGGACAUGGAGUUGGAGAGACCAAAACCAGCGGAGUGUUCAGGGACUGAUAAAGAGGCGUUAAAAUCGGCUCUGAAAGCGGCGCUCGCUGCAGCAUGCGACAGCCAAAGCAGACAGUUUCAGGCAGGCCCAGAGGAGGUAGAAUACGUGACCAAAUCUGAAAUGAACGAAGUUUUGAAAGUGUGCGUGGACGUCGUGCGAGAUGGGAUUCUUUCCGAAGCAGGAAAUUCUUUCUUCUCCCUGUUCAUCGACCGAGUGGUGAGGUUUGGUGAAACGGACUUCCUCCCGCUGUUUCUCAGGUUUGUGGACAGUUUUGAUGUCAUGCAUUUGGAACUUAUGGGUUUCGUGGAAGCGAACCUCGAUACCGAGGCAAUGUGCGAGCGCCUGUUUGACAUCGUUACCAAAGAAUGGCAUCUCGAUUUCAAAUACUGCAGAGGCCAGGCUUACUUGGGUUCCGGGGAAGUCUCGUACAAGCUCAAGGCCUUUGCGUGUAAAGUUCAGGAGAAGUACCCUCUUGCAAUUUGCACUCACUGUUCCUGUUACUCUUUUAACACAUGGUGGUCGAGGUCGGUUCCGGUGCCCUCCACUGGCAGAGCUCUAGAUAUACUCGAGAAGAUUGUGGUGUUUUUCAGCAGCUCACCCGAACUUGAAAAACAGCUGGACCAAGUCAUAGCUGUUGGUCUGCGCGAGAGCUUUGAGAAAAUCAACGAGUUUCAAGGGAACUUCUGUUCCUCUUGGCAGGAAAAGCAUGACUCCUAUGAUGUGUUUUCUCAGAUACUGGAACCUCUAGUCGAUUGUCUGGAGAGGUUCCAAAACAGCAGUCCACCGAUGUGGAGUUUAGCCGUGAUAAACCAAGCAAAGAAACUCCUACAACUGAUUCGAGACUUUGACUUCAUCGUAGCGAUUGUGGCUCUAAAGAACAUCUCGUCUUUCACCAGAGAACUGAGUGCGGCGCUGCAGAAAGACCACGUCAGCGCCGCCUCGCAGCUCUGCCAGAUUAGCGGCAUUGUAGCCACCCUCAACCGACUCAAGACCAACAUAAAAGUGUUCCACCAAAACUGGUUCGACGAAGCGUGUGCCUUUGCUCAAACCUUAGGUGUGCAGGUUAAAAUGCCUGAGAGCAUACCGUGUCCCAGGGACAGCCUGCUAAAACCAGGUGGGUACUAUAAAGACGCGGUCAGCGUCCCUUUAGUCGACCACAUAAUCAAUUCUGUCAAGGACCAUUUCUCUGAUGACCACAAAGAGGCUCUCAACUUUCUGUCUCUGGUCCCGUGUUCUGUAACCACGAGCUACACUUUUGAAAGCCUGAAGUCGAAGCCUCCGUUGUAUGUCGGUGACCUUCCGGAUCCUGACAACUUUUUCACAGAACUUUCUUGCUGGAAGGUGAAAUGGAAAACCAAAGUGGUUUCCCCGACGAUACCGGACACUAUUUUUCAGACUCUCCGCCUGCCCCUCAUGCAGUAUUUUGCCAACAUUAAUACAUUGCUGAAGAUCAUGUCAGUGUUACCGAGUACCACGCUGGAGCAUUGUGGGGAGGUAAAGCGCCAUAAAAUGUUUCAGGACUACCUGAUGAGCACAUAUGCCAAGGACAGGACUCCAUGUUUGGCCAUGCUCCAGGUUGGCACCAACUUUAACAGAGAUCUGGACAGGAUGGUAACGCAGUGUUUGAAAGUCACUCCAAAGACACUGGAAGGCAUUUGCCUGGACAAAGAAGCAAAAACUCUGAGGAAUUCUGAGAUAAGAGCAGAAGACAACCACAAUGACGAGGACAUGGAGGUUCAGCAGGAGAGCGCAACUAAAAAACUCCCAGAUUUCAACGAAUUAAAGGCAGAGGAUAAUCUCACAGCUGCAUCCAACGAAAUUGAGACCCAGCAGGUUCCUGAAGUUGCACCUGUUGUAGUUAUGGAGGACCAGCAAACGAAGCCUUCGGAUGAGAACGGUCACUCUGACCAGCCUGCAGACAGUCUUCAGAGGGUCUUCGUGGUGGCAGCCAGAUUGGCUCGGAAAAAAUGUCUGUUUUUGGACCUCCCCAAGGAAGACCAGGACCUUGUCAUGCAAGAACUUGGUAUGUGUCACUGGGACCAGGAGAACAUGAAGCAUUUAUCAGAUGUGGAUAUUCUCGAGGGCAUUGUGAAGUCGAUGAGAGAAACUAUCCUCUCAGAAGUUCAGGAAUCCCCAUUUUUUUCCAUUAUUACCGACAGGGUGGUAUCUGUGGAUGAUAAAAAGUAUGUUCCUGUGUUUGUCCGGUAUGUAGACAGUUUCACGCCGAAAGUGGAGCUUUUAGGGUUUCUGCCCUUGGACUCGAGUUCUGAUACCGAUAUGCAAGCUGAGACACUCUCGGGCAUCCUCUCAGACGAGUGGGGACUGCAGAUGGGGUGCUGUCGUGGCCAGUCCUUUAUGUGCAUGGGUGCUGGGAGUCAAGGUCUCAGAAAGCUGUCUCUCGGAUUCUUGGAGAACUUUCCGCUUGCUGUGAACACACCCAGUGAGUCCUGUGGACUUGCUUAUUGGCUGGCAGUAAGCCUUCAUAACGACCCCAUCGCAAAGGUGCUUGGUGUAGUCGAGGACCUGUUACUCUUCUUUGAUCGGUCACCAAGAUUGCACGUUGAGCUUUCUCAGACAAGGGAAGGUCUCUUGAAUACUCCUCGGGAAGCCCUCGCUGAGGUCCCAGAAACAUGUUUGUCGAAGUGGAAAAAGACUGAAGAUUUCUUUGACAUUUUGGUGGACAUGCUGGAGGGAAUCCUGAGUUGCCUGGACUCUGUUAGCAACAAUGCAGAUGGGUCAUGGGGUAAUAACAUGUCGAUACAUGCACUGAUGCUCUCCACAGCUAUAAAGGAAACAGAUUUUGUAAUUUCCCUUGUAAUCCUGAAGAAUGCUUGCGCUCCCAUGCGGAAUUGUAGCACGGUAUUCCGCUGCGGCAAUCCAGCCGAUAUCAUCUGCGAGCUUGAAAAGAUCCCCGUUAUUAUAGAGUCCCUUGUUAAGAUGUUGGAGAACAUCGCUGUCGUGCACAGUACCUGGUUCGAGGAGGCGACCCAGCUUGCUGCCAAAGUUGCCGGAGCUUUGUCGUAUCCGGACAUGGUCGGCGGCUAUGACUCUCCGGAGGUGGGCUACAGAGAGACGGUUAGCAUACCUGUUUUGAGUGGUCUGAUUGAGGAAAUGAAGUUUAACUUUUCAGAGUGUCACCUGAAAGCCCUCAGGGUCCUUUCUCUCCUUCCCACUUGCAAUCCUCUGCCCAUUCUUCCAGAGGCACCAGAUAAACUCUACACGAUCUACCAAAGUGACCUACCUGAACCAGAUGUGGCCGAGGAAGAGAUAAAUGCCUGGGCGGCUGUUUGGCGAGAGAAGUAUCAAGACAGCUCGCUACCCACCUCAAUCUCGGAGACGCUACACCACCCUGAAGCGAUGGGCCACCCUAACGUGACUACUCUUCUGAGGCUUGUUGCUGUGCUCCCUAGCAUUAGUAUGGAGUGUGAUCUGAUGAAGACCACACUCAACUCUUUGAGAAGCUUCAUCGGGAAUGACUACAGCAACGCCAGCAAGACCAACACAGUAAUGCUUCUUAUGCAUCGUCCCAUGAUGCGGACUUUGGAGCAAGUCAUUGACAGAUGUAUGGAACUUGAUGCCAAGAGCCAUGGCUUUCUUUUUCCGGUGAAGGAGCGUCUCCGUGUUAUGAAAAUGGAUAGCGAAGUAGAUGGAGUUCUUUCAGAGGAAAAGCUCAAUAUGACCAGCUCUGGGGUUUCAGAUAUAAUAAAUGGCACAGUUCCAACCAUCGCACAAGACCAGCCCACAACUACAGCUCAGAGCGAAGUGAUAAACACUUCUUCUGCACUACAUGGUACCACUGCAACUCCAAAGGAUAGUGCUAUGGAAAUAAAUACUUCCAACGGACUAGCCAGGAUGCAGGAAUCUUCUCCCAUCAGCACAGAUGAUCAGUCAGCAGCUACACAUCCAAAUGACACUGAAACAACUUCAUCCACGGUGAGUGCAUCUGACAAUGCACCAGGAGAACAGGAUGUUCCCAAAGAGCACAAUGAAAUGGCCCAAUGUGUAACUGCAGAGCUACAAAAUGGAAAUGUGGAGCUUCUAACUGAAGCAGCAGCCGAAAGGAUCACCACUGAGCCUGUUACGGUAUCCAAGGAUGUCCCCAUGGAGCUUGUAGAACUGAUUACGAAAGCGCCGGCUGAGGAUGUUAUCGUAGAGCCGGUCAGUGCAGAACCAGUCACAACAGCCGAAGAUGCAACAAUGGAAGUCGCAGCAGUCAUGCAGGAUGCAGCAGCAAAGCCAGAAGUGGCAGCCCAGGGAGUCACUCCAGAGCCUAAAACAUCAGCUCAGGAUGUCAUUUCAGAGUCUGGUACAGCAGCUGUGGAUGUCUCCAUGGAGUAUACAGAACCUGUAACUGGUGUGGCAGCCACGAAUGACAUUACUGAACAAAGUGACAAUGUGGAAACCGUAACCCAAGUGGUACCGCAGGUUGCUACCACAGAGCCUGUUACAGUGUCCAGGGAUGUCCCAAAAGAGUCCAUGGAAGUGGCAGAUGAUGUCACUUCAGAGCCUGCUCGAGGAGACAAGGACAUUAUUGUGGAACGUGAAGCAGCAGAACAAAGUAUCAUGAGUUUGUUAGAAGUGACAACCGAGAGUGGCAUCGCAGAGGAUGUCACCAAGAGUAUUGCCACAGAAGCUGCAAACCAAGGUGUCGCUGCCAAGGAGCCAUCACUAGAAAUCGAUGGUAUCGGUACAAACCCAGUUGCGGUACCCCAUGAGAUCACCAAAGAGCUUGUUUCAAUUGUACGAGAUGCCACUACAAAAAAGCAUGAUGCCCAAGGUGUCCCCACAGAGCCUGGUGUGGGAGUCCACAGUUCAACAGCAGCACAGGGUGUCACCACAGAGCCUGGUGUGGGAGUCCAGAGUGCAACGGCAGCGCAGGGUGUCACCACAGAGCCUGGUGUGGGAGUCCAGAGUGCAACGGCAGCGCAGGGUGUCACCACAGAGCCUGGUGUGGGAGUCCAGAGUGCAACGGCAGCGCAGGGUGUCCCCACAGAGCCUGGUGUGGGAGUCCAGAGUGCAACGGCAGUGCAGGGUGUCACCACAGAGCUUGGUGUGGGAGUCCAGAGUGCAACGGCAGCGCAGGGUGUCACCACAGAGCCUGGUGUGGGAGUCCAGAGUGCAACGGCAGCGCAGGGUGUCACCACAGAGCCUGGUGUGGGAGUCCAGAGUGCAACGGCAGCGCAGGGUGUCCCCACAGAGCCUGGUGUGGGAGUCCAGAGUGCAACGGCAGCGCAGGGUGUCACCACAGAGCCUGGUGUGGGAGUCCAGAGUGCAAUGUCAGAGCAGGGUGUCACCACAGAGCCUGGUGUGGGAGUCCAGAGUGCAACGGCAGCGCAGGGUGUCACCACAGAGCCUGGUGUGGGAGUCCAGAGUGCAACGUCAGAGCAGGGUGUCACCACAGAGCCUGGUGUGGGAGUCCAGAGUGCAACGGCAGCGCAGGGUGUCCCCACAGAGCCUGGUGUGGGAGUCCAGAGUGCAACGUCAGAGCAGGGUGUCCCCACAGAGCCUGGUGUGGGAGUCCAGAGUGCAACGGCAGCGCAGGGUGUCACCACAGAGCCUGGUGUGGGAGUCCAGAGUGCAACGGCAGCGCAGGGUGUCACCACAGAGCCUGGUGUGGGAGUCCAGAGUGCAACGGCAGCGCAGGGUGUCACCACAGAGCCUGGUGUGGGAGUCCAGAGUGCAACGGCAGCGCAGGGUGUCACCACAGAGCCUGGUGUGGGAGUCCAGAGUGCAACGGCAGCGCAGGGUGUCACCACAGAGCCUGGUGUGAGAGCCCAGAGUGCAACGGCAGCGCAGGGUGUCACCACAGAGCCUAUAACAUCAGCCCAACGCAUGACCAUAAAGUCAGAUGCAGAGGAUCUCCCCAAAGAACUUGCUCCAGCAAUACAACAGUAUGCCACCUCUGAGCUGUCAGCAACAGCCCAAAAUGAAUCACCAGAUUGUGGAACAACAUCCAGAGACUCAACAAUGGAGCCCCAAAAAACUCAAGGUGUCACUCCCAGUAACAAACCCACAACAGCCCUGGAUAUGACUGCAAAGCCUGUCACGUUACCCCAAGAUACAAGCACUGAGCACAACGCAGCUCUGGGUGUCACCUCUGUGACUGCAUCAGAAGCCCAGAUUCUUUCCAAAGCAGAAAUACAGGAUGUCCCCAUGCAAUCUGUAACAACGGGACGUGAUGUCACCUUGGAUGACCAGACUGUUUCCAAAGAACCAAUAACAACAUCCUCUGAUGCCCCAAGUCUCACAGCUACUGUGCAGUGUGGGGAGCCUGUUACAGCUGAGCAAGAGGUCACCACAAAGAGCGAGCCAGCAGGGGACGAUGUCAGCAUGGACACCACCGAAGCAGGUCAGGGUGUUGCCUUACAACACACAGGAACAGCCACAGAUACCGUUCCUACAGAGUCACCAGUCGAACAUGUCCCUAUGGAUCUUGAUGGAGGAAAUAUGACCACGGAAUCUGUAGAAACAGCCCAGGAUGUUGUGAUGGAGAGCCAAGAUGAAUCCAAAGUAGUAGUCCAGGAUGUCUCCAUGGAACCUGUCACAGAAAUCCAGGGUGUCCAGGAGGAUACCCCUGAAGAGCUUGAAGCAGAAACUCAAGAUGCUGGCCAAAAGGCUGACGUUCAAGGUGUUUCCGAUCAGGUCAUGGCGCCCGCUGAGAAUGGGACUUGCGAGCCAAAAAUACUUGCUUCAGAUGGCGUAGGUAAGGCCGCAAAUGCCAAUGAAGUCGAUGCUGUCCAGACUCCCACAGCGACAAAGAAUGCCACAAGUGAUGCAAACAACUCUCCAGCACCUGAAGUCAAGCAUCAAGAUGAUCUCGAUCAAUCCUAUGCAAUAGCUCAAGAUGGCAUGGACCCUUCCAAAGCAGUAGCACAAGCAGCAGGUGAAGAUGGCAUUGAACCCCACAAGGGUGUCUUGUCAUUCUACAGCGCCCCUACUCAAGAGGCAUUUUUCAGUGAAAUUCAAAAUGCAAAGUUCUUUUCCAUUAUAUGUGAACAGCAAAUAGAGAUAGAAGGACAUACAUAUAUUCCUGUAGGGAUCUGUUACCUGGAGAAACGCAAGACACCGUGUGAGGAUGUAUUGGCUUACAUCCCACUUGACCAAGACAUUGCAGUCUUUGUGGAUUGUAUGAUAGCAGCUCUAUCUGAGAAGUGGGGUUUGAACUUGGCCUUCUGUCGGGGGCAGAGCCUGCUUACGGUAGGAGCUGCAGGUACGCAAGUGAGGGCAGCGGCAUCGUUGUUGUCUCAGAGGUACCCGCAUGCUGUACGCACCUUCAGCUCCUCCAUGUCCCUGAACACAUGGCUGGCCAAAUCGUGUAUCAUCUCUGAGAUAGCGGACAGCUUCACCUGGGUAGAGAGGAUGCUCCAGUGGGUGACGGAAGAUGAAGUGAAGCGGGCUGUGUUACACAGAAUGGUCGCAUCCCUGUUCCAACACGAUGCGGCAAAGCACAGUGACUUGACUGAUCGGCUGAGCAGAAGCCAAUGGGAGAGGAGCCAUGACACACUGGAUCUUACUGUAGAAGUCCUGGAAGCCAUUAUGCUCAGUCUGAAUGAUAUAAAGGAAAACCAUGACAUCCAGACUGAAAAAACACAGGCUGGUGACUUCCUCAUCAUUUUGCAGAACUUUGAGUUCAUCUUGACACUUGUGAUCAUGAAAAAUGUCCUGGGUCCGACAAAACGUUUAAGCCAGAGUCUCCAGGGCCAACCUCUGGAUGUGUAUCAAGCAGUGACCAGUCUGUCUGAUGUACUUUCUUCGCUGAGCGAUAUGAAAAUCAACAUUGACGCUCACCUUCAAAGCUGGUACCAAGAAGCAGUGGCAUUCGCCUCCAAGUUACAGAUCGGUGUCGACCACACGUCACAAGAGUGCUUGAUCAUUUAUUGUAGAGACAUCAUCAGCAAAGGAGCGAUAGAUCACUCCAUUUGCGAGAUCACCGAGCUUUUCUCAGACCACGCUCUGUUGGCUGUGCGCUGCUUGCAGGUUGUGCCUUAUGUUCUAUCCAAGACAGAAGGAUGCUCCAAGGACUCUGACCCUUUCAAGGUGUACCAGGACGAUCUCCCAGUCUCGAGCUCUCUGCAGGCGGAGCUUCUAAAGUGGCGAGAAAAGUGGUUGGACGCUGAUGCUGCUCACCAUCCUCUUCCCGCCGGCCUUCUCGACACGCUCAAUGCCACAGAUGUGGAGUCCUUCCCCAACAUCGAGACACUUCUCAGGCUCCUCAUGGUCUUGCCCUGUUUCAGAAAAGAGGACUUGAUCAGACAGGGAAAGAAGAGUUUCGUUGAGUUCAACCAACAGAGAUCUUUACUGGAGCUGUAUCCUCUAUAGAGCAGUAACGGGCAACCGGUCAAUCCUCAACUACCCCUAAGACUAGUUUUCCAUUAAUUAGGGUGUCAUAUACUGCUGAAGUCCUCAGUGUGUCACUCACUGUAUCCCUGGUUACAGCUGAUGAAAUCUGAGCAUAGGUUUCAGUAGUUAUUUUUUUUUAAUUAGAGAUCUAAUUAGAACUGUACACUUUAAGUAUCUAAUUGUUUUAUUAUUUUGUUUUGUUGUCUUAUUUUUAUCUUGUGUGUGUGAUGUGGACUAAGAAAGAGGACUGCCUACAGGGACCAAUGUCUUGCCAAAAAAAAAGGAAAAAAGAAGGGGGGGAAACAAACAAACCAUGCCCUCGCCAGGGCUCUAAUGCUUUUGUGCCUUUAUGCAAAACCUUACCCUGACUCUUGGAACAUGAGGACUAAGUUUGUCUGCAAGAACGCUUCCGAGCCAAGCUUUACGGAAGCUUCCCAGCAUCUUCAGGAACUUUUACAAUUUUUUUUUUUUAAUCAUGUAAAAUCCUAUAAAAAGAAAUAACGAUCCAGACAUGUUCAAGCCAUUUCCUCAUUUAGUCAAAUAACCUGUGGGUUUCAAAUCACCUGAACCGCAUCACGUUCAUCCACAUGGCACAAAUGCUGAAAUGCUACGUUCCAUUACGUGUCAAAAACAAGUUUAGUUUGUUUGCAGUUUGACUUGGAUGCAUUGGUUUCUGUAAACACUUUCUCCCAAAAAUCCUUCUUACAGAAAGGAUUCAAAUAUAUAUAUUUGACUAAAAUAAAUAAAAAAAAAUGAUUUAAACGAAGCAUCUUUUUCUACACUUAAUUCUGAUUCAAAGAAGGGAGAUGCAGGAUUGGGGGAAAAUGUCCACAAGAGGGCGGUCUUGGCUUCGUGUUGUGCAGGAAAUGCCGGGUAGCCACCUUCUUGCAAAGCUUUCUUUUUGCCUUAGUUUACUUUGAAUACGCGUAGUAACUCGUAAAAUAGUUGGUUUGUGUUUUAUUUUGAGGAUAAAGUUAGCAAACUGCGACUUUUUCUGGCUAUUCUGGUGGAAUUUGAGUCCUGUUCUCGUCUUUAGGUUUUGCUUAGUUGUUUGUCAGCUGGCUUUUGUAACCUCAGCUGUGAAUGCAGACAUCGAAGCGACUGGCACCCAAUCCAUCUUAAUGAAGUUACACUGUACUGCUUUUGUCACACAUUAUGAAAAUUAUUUGGUCGUAAGUUAAAAUCGACCAUCUCGCGCCCUGCAGUCUGACGUAAACAGGUUAAGGAAGCGUUUGAACUUAUUUCGAUGCCUUGGAGACCUUUUAAGAUUGAACAGGACUAAAAUACAGUACGCUAUUAGCAGACUUUAUAAUCUGAAGUACAAAGUUGCAUUUGUUUAUUUUUAAAUAAUUCGCCAAUUUUCUUGAUCAUUCAUGUGUUUAUGAAUAAACAUCUGAGCCUUUUAUGCUCAGGUGUUUGAGCUCAGUGUGAACUUACUGCCUUCAGGCCCCUGAUUUGAUCCACUGGAGUGAAGGAUUCCGAUUUGUCCGUGUGUAACACCUAAAAUUUUCCACAUAACUGGCUCUUCAGACAAUGUGGUGCUGGUUUCUUUUCUCUGACAGCAGUUCUGGCCGUAACGUACAUUACAGGUUUAUUAUCCCCCGCUGGCCGAAAGGUCUGAAGGGGGGGGUAAUGGCGUGGUGGUUUCCUUCCGUUCGUCCGUCCCGGGAAGGGUGCUCACCUUCUGAUAUCAACUCCUUUCACAAUUUUUGGAUGAAUUUCUCGAAGCUCGGCAAAAGGCCUUGUUGUAUGACGGUAAUACGCAUAUUGCGAUUUUUAAUUUUGUUUCUGAAAUUUUCCCAGAGUUUUAACCCUUGAUUAAAUAACUUGUACUUUGACAAUUUCAUGAGGGUGUAUGUUCUUCUGCAAUCAACUCCUCUCACAAUUUGUGGAGGAAUUUCACCAAACUUGGCAAAAGGCCUUGUUAUAUGACAGUUGUACGCAUGUUGGAAUUUCGUUUAAUUUGGGCAAAUUUUCCCAGUGUUAUGCUGUUGAUUAUUAACAAACUUUUGGCAAUUUCAUCAAGGUGUGCUUGCUUUCUGAAAUCAACUUCCCUCACAGUCUUUAUCCCCCGCUGGCCGAAAGGCCCAAAGGGGGAUUAUGUCAUGGUGAUGUCCGUCCCAGGAAGGGUGCUCACCUUCUGAAAUCAACUCCUCUCACAAUUUUUGGAGGAAUUUCACCGAACUUGGCAGGGUUCUUUGUUAUAUGUCGGUAAUAUGCAUGUUGCAAUUUUGUUCAAUUCAGUCGCAUUUUACCAGAGUUACGGCCGAGUUGCCAGCGGGGGAUAUUGUGCUCUCAGAGCACUCUUGUAUUAAUGUUAGUCACAGCUCAUUUAUAGUGACUUUUUUUUUUUUAAUGGCAAUUUUAUUGGAUUAAAAAAAUUUAAAGUAUGAUGUGAAAGAGACGUUUGGUUAGGGAAGGAGUCUCCAGUGUCCAGGGAUGGGGAAUUUUCUACGGAUCCGCGGAAUUCCGCGGAUUUUAUCAACCCAGGGGUCAUUUUUGUGAAUCGUCUAAAUCCGAGGAGAAAAUAUUUAGGGGGGGUUAGGUAUGUGUUGACCCGGUCGACCAUCGGGAACAAGGCUCUGUUUACAUCGGCAGUUCAGAACGUACACUGUAUUUGAUUGGCCGUUGAGAGAGAAAUAUCGCGAUUUGACCGAUGGUAAACGAGCAUAGAUAGGAAAGGCCAAAAUGUCACAUGUAAGCUUCGUUCUGAUUGGUUCUUCGCAUUUCGCUUUCUUACUCAUUCAACAUGGCGCUCCACGAGGCCGGAGAUUGAGGAUGUAACAGCGAAUAAGAGCUUCAAAAUGGUGAAAAUUAUCACAAAAGAAAACGAAUCGCUUAUUCAGGUGAUAGAUAAAGACGUGAAGAAUAAAUUCCGUUGGGACUGGUUAGAGAGAACUGUAACUUUGAAGAUAAAAAUCGGCAAAACCACUGAAGACGUAGUUGAGAAAUUGUCCGAUUUCAUUGGAAAAUGUGACGCUCCCGGCAAAGCCCAAUGUAUCUACUGCAAUGACAUUAUUAAUUAUGGCUCUCGUGGGUGCAUUGCUUUGAUUGAACAUGCUUCAAAAGGGAAGAAAGGGAGCUGAGAGAACUGUUCAACAGGGAAAUUGUGUUUCUGUUGAGACAAGUUCACUGCAAAAGAGGUAACUGCAUUCUUUAAUAAAGUAACUGAAACAUU